UUCUCAAUCCUCACUGAAACCUUACAUUUCUUGAAGUUUCCUCUCCAUAGCCUGCAAUGUUGAGAUUCAUAGUCGUACAGUAAAAUUAAAGACCCUCUCAAAUCAUGUACUGAUUUCUUUAGCCUUCAUCUGGAAUCAGCUAAAAGUAGGGCAUCAUAAAAAUUAGAACUGAUUACACUUCCCAUUUCAUUGUUUCUCGUCUUCGAGUGGACCAAACUUCUUUGCCUUUGGCCAGAUCUUGUUUGUCCAUGAUGCGUUACCAUUCAUCUCUUCUCUUUUACUAAAUACUCACAACUACACCAUCUUUCAUGGCAAUGCAACAUAAGAAUUCCUAGUAUACCUCAAUUGUGUAUCAUUCAAAAUAUUUGGUUAGUGAGGAACUAAUCAAACAAGGGUGGAACUACUAAGGGACAAGAUGGGUCCUCGGCCCCUCUUUCCCUUAAAUUCAUUUGGACUGUCUCGCCUAGACCUCGAAAAGAAAAAGAAACAAAGUGUUUUUUCCUACGUUCACGCAUAUGAUCGAUGUAGUCGUCGAGCCUAACAAGUUUUGCCCCGAUGGUUGCUGAAGAAUUUGUUGAUCAGUUUGUGUUGUUGUUUUGUUGGAAAAAACUCAGAUUGCUCAAUUGGCUCAAAUCUCCAUCUCCAAGUCCCAGGCAUAUAUUCUUCGCCAUUGAAAUCAAACAAGCUAACAAGGUUUGAAGAGGAAUCAAGAAGGAUAGUUAAUUUGCUCAAACGUACAGAGCUAGAGUACGUGCAUGCAUCUGCAACUAUAGAGUAAUACAACACUGCAUGGAUAAAGAAACCCAGACAUAGUGAGAGUGAAAGAGUCAAAGAGAUAUGGCAGCCCUAGUGUACCAGAUGAUGUCGUCCACAGCACUGGUCUCACUGGGACUCUACCAUAUGAUCGCCACCACCCGCAACCACCUGAGAUUCCCACAGUCUUAUUUCGCUAGACCCUACCACCCUUUCCCUCUCUCCAUCUCCUCAUCAUCCCACAAUCACCGCCUCAAGUUCCUCCAGCUCUACCUCGUCAUUGCAUUCCUCGCCGUCGCCAUAGUCCACCAAACAGUAGCCUCCUUAGACGCCGAUCCACUCCUCAAGGGUCGCACGCCUGUCCACUACUUCACCUCCCUCCAGUCCGCCGCCUCCCUCUUCCUCUUUCUACUCCUCACACUGGCGCUCCUUCUCUCCGAGUGGAUCCCAUCUUUGCUGCCCCUCCCCACCGACCUCAUCUUCGGCCUCGCCGCCGCCCUCUUCUACUUGCAGUCAUUCGUCUCUUGGGGCGCCGCAGCCGUCCAGACAUCCGACCUUCAGGCCAAAUGUGACUCCAUCUCAGGAAGGAUAUCCGCCCAAGCCUCCAUCCUCUGCCUCGUCUUAGCUUGCCAGCCAAGACUAUUCGUGGCAGACGUAGGUUUGGGCGCUUCCAUGUCUCUGCAGGGACUGUGGGUCCUGCAGACGGGCCUCUCCCUCUCUGUGGAUGCCUUCAUCCCAGAGGGCUGCCACAAGCUUCUUGAUGUGGUCAAUGGAGUCGAGGGUUCAACCAAGUGUGAUUUGGACGAGUCCAAGUUCAGGGCUGUGGCCAUUCUGGAUCUAGUGUUCUUGGUGCACGUAAUGUUCGUGUUGCUGAUUGUGAUGGUCACCUAUGCAAUGACUGCCAAGUCGGUUGGUAUUCGGAGAAUGGGUUCUUACGAGGCCUUGCCUAAUGACAACAGCCACAUUCAGAUGAAAUCCUUGAGUGGCACCCAGGCUUAG